CUUGGUGGGUAUGAUCCAAUACAAAAAACUUAUCGAGCUCCGAGUUUGUCGGCCCAUCUCGGCACUUCUCUUAGACAGGUUUGCGAAUUACUUAUAAGUUUAAUCCAGAGGCAAAAAUGGGAAAUGAAUGGUAUGGACCCGAAAGCUAAAAUCGAAAUGGUGGAAUGUUUCAAAAAUUUGAUUGUCACUCAAUGGACAACAGAGAUAAGUAGUUUGGCGUUUAAAAAUCUUGCCGAGAAAAAAUGGAACAAACCUACUAUUUUACCGUUAACUCAAGACAUUUUGAAAUUCAAAAACCACGUUAGUCAGGUUGCGAAUCAAGCAGUUGCGUCUCUGAAAGCUGACCCGAACAAUAUACGCUGACAAGCAACAAUAUAAAAAAUUGGUGAAUGCAGCACUUACCCUGACAAUCCUGUAUAAUCGAAGGCGUAUAGGCGACGUUCAGUAUACGGAAUUAGGAACAUAUCUCAGCAAUCAAUCCUCAUGCAUAAACCAAGAAGAAUGUAUGAAUGCUCAUCUGAGAAAAUUCUGACCCAACAUUAUACAAGAGUAGUAAACUGGGGGGAAAGGCAGCAGAGAGUGAUUCUGUUCCCUCAGCAUCUCCAAGAUCUUAUGCACGUUCUCAUUGAUAUCCGACUGAAAACGCAUCUGGUUCCUGAGGAUAAUAAAUAUUUAUUCGCACAUCAUGGAAGUCAACGCUGGGUAAGAAGUGAUUUAGUGAUUCGUCAAUUUGCUCAGAAAUGUAAAAUACAAAACCCUGAGCAUAUGUCUUCCAACAAGCUGCGGAAACAGAUCGCCACUGUUAUGCAAAUUCUAAAUCUGAAACCCGAUGAAACCGACCAGUUCGCCCAAUUCAUGGGUCACACAGUGAAAACUCAUGAAGAAUUUUACAAAUUACCGCAGGAUGUUUAUCGGACUGCGAAAGUAUCAAAAUUAUUGAUACUUAUGGAUAAGGGAGAAGGUCAUAAACACCAAGGAAAAUCGUUGAGCGAAAUUUAUAUUGAUCCAGAAAUCGAGGUUCCAGUGUCUGAAGGUUCUGAGGAUGAAGAGUCUCCUGGAGCAAAAAUCCACAUAUCAACUACCAAUUUGAUUCCUGAGUGUUCAAAUCCGUCCACGUCGGAUGCGCCAACAGCUCAUGCUCCCAAAUUGAGUGGCAGGAGUGCAUGGACACCUCAACAAAUUGCAGUGGUUAAGAAUCACUUCAAACAACACAUCAAAAAUAAAAAAGCUUCCAAGAAACUGGAGUGUGAGGAGCUGAUAAAGAAACAUCCAACUUUACUCGGGAAUAAAGAUUGGGUUCGAGUUAAAAUUUACGUUUAUAACUCAUAUCGUGAUAAGUAAUGAUUUUCUUGAGGAGGCCUUCGUAUGUGCAUACAAAUCUGUGACAAUCACUCUAUGGAUUCUCCUCGUAAUAUGACGAUUAUCGAUUGAGGUGGAAUUUAUUAUAUAACGAUUAGCGAUUGAGGUGGAAUUUAUUAUAUAACAUGUGCACAUUCAUUGAACAUGAAUUAUCUGGGAAUCUAUCGAUGUCUGGAAAUCGUUGACUAAUUGAAUGUUAUUAACUUUGACGAAUUUUUAUACACUUAUCUAUAUUCGAAUGACGUUAUUUCAUGGGUGAUAUAAGAUAUUUCAUGGAAGGAGAAAUUUUAUGAGCAACAAUGACAUCAUUUUCUAAUGGGAAAAAAGGAGAGUGAGAAUUCAUUCAUAAUUCCCUGGUUUUGAGGGGAAAAAAACAAAUUGCAGACAUUUUAUGUUGGGAGUUCAUUCAAGCAAAUUGAAGAAAACUUUAUUCAGUCACAAAAAAAACUAUUGAUAUGUCCAUCAAUAAUCGUUUAUGCCCAAGAUAUUUGAAUGUAGCAAAAACUUAAUUUUUCAAUGAGACACAAGCUUCUGAGAAUUUAUUGUUUAUUAUCCAGGAAACCAUCAUGUUUGUAAGAAAAAAUCGCAAGACAGUUCAGGUUGGACAUGUCAGCUGACAAAAUAUUGUAUACAAUUUCUUUUGUUAAAUUGUUGAUAAUUGAUAUUGCGGAAAGCAAAAAUUUAACAAGAUUUAUUUUACGAAUUCACUUUGCACCUGUAAAUAUUUUGAUGGGGCGUUUCCCCAAGUUUGCUCAUUCUUCCAAGAAAAUUUCUACCCUCUUUGUAUUUUACAUGAUUUUCUAAAUGAGUAUUACGAAAAAUUUUCCGAAGUAAGGAAGAAGAAAGAACCAUCUUCUCGAAUCUAAAGAAAACAUGAUUGCCAUAAGAAAACACUAUCCUCGUGUCAUUUUUCUAAUACGGGCUUCAAGUUAGAUGCGAAAUAUUUGAGUCAUUGUUGAGUGGGAAUUAUUUUGGUCAUUAUCUACAGAAAUGUGUUAAGAGCCUUUUCCUGUCACAACCUUAUGUAUCAUUCUCGUUUAGUUCGAAAGGAAGAUGGGGUUUAGGCUAAAAGUCUAGGU